UUUGCAAUGUUCAUUUUCUUAAGUAAAAAACUUUGAAAAAACAAAAAAGUAACUGAUUAGCUUUACGUUGAAAGUGAAAAGAUAUUGUUUAUUCAAUGAUUUAAUCUUAUAAAGUUCUUUAUUUAUUUGUUGGUUGCAUUGAUGAUUUUAUGUAUAUUUUUUUGAAAUGGAAUGAUUUGAUGGUCAAUUGUUGGGGUAACUUUGACUUUAUUCGCGGAAAACCAUUGAAGGGGAGAGACGUCUGAUUAUGUUUCUUGAUGAGUGUGUGUUUUUAAUGGUUAUGGUGGGUCCAAUUUUUGGGGAUCCAUUUUUAAGUAGUCAAGAAAGUUACUGGGUAACUGUUCAGAAUUUUAUCUGAGAUUCAGAAUUUCAGACCCCCAUUGACUCUAAAUUAUGUUGGAUUUUUUGUAUGUAUGUUACACUUCUCUGACGUUUCCUGUUAAUGCAAAUUAUAUUUUGCUGAGUAGGAGAGUAGGCGGUCACGGAGUCCAGAACAAGUUUUUUCCAAACUUAAUUCGUUUGUUGAAGGCGAUGGAAGACCAAGAAAGAGCUGUCAGAGCCUUUGCUGCAAUGAAGGCCUUAGGUAUUCCUAAAAAUGAGUUGAAACCAGUGUUGCUGGACCUCUUGGACGUUUUUGAAUAUAACUGGGAACCUGUAGAAGCAGAUAAUUACCGAGCAUUAAUAGAUGCAUACUUUGAGUUCAAAGAAAAUCAGGAAUUUGGAGGCAAAAAAGUAGGUGUUGUGGAACAUGAUGAAUCUGAUAUACCUCAUAAAAAGUUGCAUUUGGGACGGCAGGAAGACCAAGCUUCAAUAGCAUUGGCUAACUCUGGGCAAACAUUACCUUUAGAGGAGGAUGAAAUGCCUAAAAUUAAUUCCAAAUAUGGAAUUAUGGAGAACCAUCUGGCACGUUUAAUAAACAGAAAAGCUGCAACUAAGUCUGCAGUUCCUCAGCUCAGUUGCAAAAGGAAGGAGCGAAGUUCUUCACAGCUGGUUCCUGGAGAUAGAAAAUCAACUCAGAAUGGGGAGUCCGCAAUUUGUUCUAAACAGCCAUUGGAUGCACAUGGCUGUUCUCAUAGAUCGAGAGAAAAUAUACCCACUUCGCAUUGUGAAAAAAAAUUGAAGCCAAAAACUAACCAAACUGUUGGUAACAUGUCACGUCUUUCAGAACCUAUUUCAGUUGUCCGUCCAGGGAAUCACAAUGAGGACGAUACUUCAGCAUGCAGUGAUAGUACAAGUUGCAAGAGAAAUCUUGAAAUUGCUUCAUCAUCUCUGGGAGAGGUGAAGUUAUCUCUGAACUGUAAAUUUGCCUCUGGUGAGAGAAACUUCAGGGGUCCAAAUCUUGAUGAAGUUCUGAAACACUUGGAGCAUAAAUAUCUCAGACCUCAAUUUUCUAUGAAGAAGUUACUGAAAGAUUUGUGUGAUAGUUUUUCGGAAGUGCAUAAUAAAUUCACUAGCGGAUCCGGUAUAAAACAUUCCUCUCAUGAAAUAUAUGGAAAUGUUGGGGAUCACUGUUCUGCUGGAGGGCAGAUGAAAAAAGGUUCUAAAAUUGUUCAUUCUGAAACUGAUCUGAGUAAGAAAUCUAUAAAUUGUUCUGGGUCUUUGAACUCAUCUAAUCAGGCAAAUCAGAAGCUACCUCUCAUUCAUGACAAGAAGAAGCCCAUCCACAGCAUCAGUGACAUAGCGAAAGGUGCAGAAAAUGUGAAAAUUUCAUUGGUAGAUGAUACUGGGAAUGAGGAUUUACCAAAAUUUACAUACAUCCCACACAAUAUAAUCUAUCAAAAUGCUUAUGUACACAUCUCACUAGCGAGAAUUGCAGAUGAGGAUUGUUGUUCGAGUUGUUCAGGAGAUUGCCUUUCAUUUUCAAUACCAUGUGCAUGUGCACGUGAAACUGGUGGAGAGUUUGCUUACACACGACAAGGUCUGCUGAAAGAGGAAUUUUUAAGAGCUUCUAUGCGAAUGGAAAGGGAACCUCAUGAACAACAUCUUGUUUAUUGUCAAGACUGCCCAAUAGAGAGGUCUAAGAAUGAACACUUUCCUGAAAAUUGCAAGGGCCAUAUUGUCAGAAAGUUUAUUAAAGAAUGCUGGAGAAAAUGUGGUUGCAGCAUGCAGUGUGGAAAUCGAGUUGUACAGCGAGGUAUUACAUGCAGAUUGCAGGUGUUCUUGACCAAUGACGGAAAAGGAUGGGGUCUUAGAACACUUCAGAAUUUGCCUAAAGGAGCCUUUGUCUGUGAAUAUGUUGGGGAAGUAGUGACUAACACAGAAUUAUAUGAGCGGAAUAUGCAAAGUGAUGGCAAUAGGAGACAUACAUAUCCAGUUACAUUAGAUGCUGACUGGGGUUCUGAGAGAGUUUUAAAGGAUGAAGAGGCACUUUGUUUAGAUGCAACAUUUUGUGGUAAUGUUGCAAGGUUUAUAAAUCAUAGAUGUUUUGAUGCCAACUUGAUUGAUAUUCCAGUUGAAGUGGAGACUCCUGAUCGUCACUAUUAUCAUCUUGCCUUUUUUACAAAAAGAGAAUUGAGUGCUUUAGAAGAACUGACCUGGGAUUAUGGUAUUGACUUCAGUGAUGUUGAUCAUCCUAUUAAGGCAUUUCAGUGCUGUUGUGGAAGUGCAUUCUGCAGAGAUGUGACACAAAGAAGUUAGUGCAGAAUUGUUUUUUAUCUGGGCUACAUCUGUUUGGUGAAGGUAAUAGACAUAAUCCUUUUUCGUAGUGUAAUUGUUUUAGUGCUGAGCUACUUCCAUGUCUAGGCAGAUUUUUAAGACAAUAUUCACAUUGAUUAAAGAAAUUUUGGUGCAAUUAAACUCAUAUUAAGCCAUUUUGGUGGAACUUGACAAUCAUCUAUCGGCAACCCUAUUUUGUUUGUUGAUACCAUCCUUUAAUGGAAAAUGUGUUGAUUAACUCUAUAAAAUAACAUUUAAACAUUGUAACAUCUCUGAUCUAAUAACUCAAUCUAUUGUCAAGAUAUUGUUUACUUUUGUCGAACUCAUCAUGGUUUUGUUUGUGGGUUUUACAAUCUCAAAUACGUCUUAAUAGUCUAAGGAGCUCGCAAGCUAUUUGAUACUCUCACUUAACAUCCUUAAACGAUGUGAGAUGUGCAUAUAUGUUCAAUAUUUUUCUUAUGUUUUGUCAAUGUGAAAUUCGUUUAAAGGCCUCAAAAUUAAAUGAUGGAAACCGGGAGUAAGCCAUCAACUCGAUACGCAAAACAAACCUAAUAUAUAACUUCUUAAAUAGAC